ACAAUUGGAAAUGAAGAUACGGUUGCCUUUCUACAGGAAGAAAACACAAUUUUACUUCAAGAACAAACAAACAUGAAAUCACAACUCGAAAACAAGGACCGAGAAAUAAAUUCACUUCGCAUACAAAUUGCUAAAAACGAACAAAAAAUCAAAGAAUUAGAAGCUUUAAAUCAGAAAUAUAUCCACGAUUACGAAUUUAUGUAUUCCACAUCUAAAAACUAUUCCAACGCUCUCGAGAACUUGCAGGACUCAAAAAUUGCUCUUUACACUACGCUCUCUCCACUGUUUGCAACUGCAGACGACAAUCGUCUGGAGACCUCCGAAAACUUGGUUAGACAACAAAAAUCUGAUUCGGACGUAAAAAUAAACAUUGAUAACCACACGAGUUUAUCUGAGGAUGAGAACUUGGAAAAUCAAAAAAUAGAAGAAAUCGAUUUUCCAAUCAAAGAUUUCGAGAAAUUUGAACAACCUGAACAUGAGAUGUCCUAUCAAAGGUGUUCCUGGAAUUGUUAUUGA